GAUAAUUCCUAAAUCACCUUCUUCUCUAUUCAAGCCUUCCCCAAACUCCCAAACAUGAACAAGUCCAUGAAUAUUCUGUUCCUUCUCUUCACCAUACUUGCAGCUUCCGCCAUUACUGUUUCCAAAGCAGAACAACAAUUCAACUUUGGACGUGGGCUCACAAGUCGCUUCCUAGCUGGUAUAACGAACUGCAAGAUAAACCCUAAGGUUUGUCUUGUAGAAGGAAGCGCAGGCCCAGAUUGCUGCAACAACAAGUGUGUGAAUCUGGAGAUAGAUUCAUCCAACUGUGGCAGAUGUGGGAAGAAAUGUGGCCACCAGAAGAUAUGCUGCCAAGGAAAGUGUGUGAACCCUAUGACUAACGAGAAGCACUGUGGCAAAUGUGGUAACAAGUGUGAUAAAACCAGCUCUUGCUUGUACGGGAUGUGCAGCUAUGCUUAAACACAGAUUCAUUUAUAUUAAUUUCGUUAAGAAUGUAUAAUAAUUAAUGAUGAUGAUGAUGGUUAUGCUAAUUAUAAUAAAGGGGCAGCCAUGGACCUGUUAGCUUGGUUAUGAGUGCUGCCAAUACAUUAAUAAUGUUUAUUUUAUUUGUUCUUUUUUAAUUUAAAUGUGUUGUACUGGAGAUAUAUGGGCGUGCAAAUGUAAGCAUGAUUACGAAUGAAUGAACA